CCGAUUCAUUGGAUUAGCACCAUGCUGAAGUUCGUGAUCUUGUUGUCUGCCGUUGCCUGCGCCCUGGGAGGCACCAUCCCCGAGGGUCUCCUGCCCCAGCUUGAUGGCCGCAUUGUCGGAGGUAGCGCUACCACCAUCUCCAGCUUCCCCUGGCAGAUCUCCCUGCAGCGUAAUGGCGGCCACUCCUGCGGUGGCUCCAUCUACUCCGCCAAAGUCAUCGUGACCGCCGCUCACUGCCUGCAAUCCGUGUCCGCCUCCGCCCUGAAGGUCCGUGCUGGAUCCUCCUACUGGAGCUCCGGCGGCACCCUGGUCAGCGUAUCCUCCUUCCGCAACCACGAGGGCUACAACGCCAACACCAUGGUCAACGACAUCGCUGUCAUUCACCUUGCUUCCUCCCUGAGCUUGAGCUCCACCAUCAAGGCCAUUGGUCUGGCUAGCUCUGCUCCUGCCAACGGUGCUGCUGCCUCCGUCUCCGGCUGGGGUACUGAGUCCUACGGAUCCAGCUCCAUCCCCUCCCAGUUGAAGUACGUCAACGUUAACAUUGUGAGCGAGUCCGUCUGCGCCUCGGGCACCUACGGUUAUGGAAGCGAGAUCAAGUCCAGCAUGAUUUGCGCUGCUGCCAGCGGCAAGGAUGCCUGCCAGGGUGAUUCCGGUGGCCCUCUGGUCUCUGGUGGAGUCCUCGUCGGUGUUGUUUCCUGGGGAUACGGAUGCGCCUACGCCAACUACCCCGGUGUCUACGCCAAUGUUGCCGCUCUCCGCUCCUGGGUGAUCAGCAACGCCUAAGGAUGAAUAGCGUUGUGCGAAAUAAAACGAAUUAACAGAAAAUGUAA